UGACUCGCAGCGCGCGGACGUGUGUGUGUCGAGUUGGCACUUGGACGGUAGACGUGCGUUGACAGCUCGGUGGGCAGUCAGUCCUCCCAUGAAGUGAGAUGUCAGUGCGGAGAGUGAACGUGCUCAUCCUGGUGCUGGUGGGCAUCGUGUUCCUCAUCGUUGUGCAUCGGAACCUCCUCAACCUGAACGACUUCACCCGAAGCGAACUCGCCGACUCUGCCCGGGAUGUGUUGCCACACCUGGAAGAGCAGCACUCACCUGUCUUCCGCAGUGGGAGCGAAGUCCCGGUGGUCAUCACAGCGGCAGAGGAGAGGCUGGGUGCCACCGUGGCCGCCAUAAACAGCGCCUACCACAACACCAAGGCCAAUGUCGUCUUCUACAUAGUCACAACCAACGAUACUGUUGACUACUUAAAGACAUGGCUCAGCCAAACAAGUCUGAAUCAAAUCAGGUAUAAAAUAAUCCUGUUUGAGCCACAGAUUUUGAACGGGAAAGUAUCCAAAGACCCCCAGAAGGUUGAUGCAGUGAAGCCGUUGACCUUUGCGCGAUUUUAUGUGGCCAACUUCUUACCUGAUGUGGAGAAAGCGAUCUAUUUGGAUGACGAUGUCAUUGUACAAGGUGACAUUCAGGAACUUUUUGACACUAAUGUCAGGGCAGGACAUGCAGCCGCCUUUUCGGACGACUGUGACUCUGCAUCUUCCAAAGGCAUAGUCCGAGGCGCGGGAAACCAGAUCAACUACAUUGGCUUUCUGGACUUCAAGAAGGAAGCGAUCAAGAAGCUCGGGAUGCGCGCCAACACGUGUUCCUUCAACCCCGGGGUGUUUGUGGCAAACCUCACAGAAUGGAGACGCCAGAACAUCACCAGUCAGCUGGAAACAUGGAUGAAGAAAAAUGUGGAGGAUGACCUCUACAGCAAGACUCUAGCAGAGAGCAUCACCACCCCCCCCCUGCUGAUUGUCUUCUACAAGCGCCACUCCAGUAUUGACCCCAUGUGGCACGUUCGCCAUCUUGGAUCUGUAGGUGCUGGAAACCGCUACUCGCCCCAUUUUGUGAAGGCUGCCAAGCUUUUGCAUUGGAAUGGACAUUACAAGCCGUGGGGGAGGGCGUCCUUCUCUGACGUCUGGGACAAGUGGUACGUGCCGGAUCCGACAGGGAAGUUCCAUCCAAUUCGGAGGCACAGCGAGGACAAGUAGAAUCCGGCUGGGAUCACGUGGACCGAAAGGCCCCACCUGCGACUGCUCAGGAAACACAGGAUCGGAAGACUGUUCUGGAACUCCCGUUUUCUCAUAUAGAGCCAUUGAGGAGCCUGCUGCACACAUGGCCUCAUGUUGAGCUCUUAAAGGUGAAUCUUGGAAACACCUACCCAAGACUAACUUUCCCCACUGUGUGGUUUGUCAGAAUUUAUUGAUCUUGAAAGCAUUUUGACCCAUCGGUGCUGCAAACCUAAGGACCAAGAUGGUCGUCUGGGUCCUGAUGAAAUGUGGUUUUUGCUUAUACGUUGAAUUCGUUCAUUUCAGCCUCAUGUUAUUUUGCACUUUAGUUUGUUUUUUUUUUUUUUUUUGGUUACAUGUGGUUAUUUCACAUUAUUCUCAUUGUACUUAAUUUUUGCCUAUUUCAAAUGACAUCAGCAUUCUGGCAGCUGAAGGUGGUGUUAAUCCACUGCUAAUGUUGUCUUAGUUCUCCAAAGAUGGGAGAAUUCCUGUCACUUGGGUGUUGUGUUUUCCCCACAAUAAUGGAUAAUUUCAGGUUCGUGUUCAAUUUCAUUAGUAUUACUGCGUGAGGAAACACCUUUACCAUGCUUUUAUACCUGCCUAGUAUUACCUUGAAUUGCUAGCUGACCUCUGUUUCAUGUUUUAAAAACUGUUACUACAUGUAAAUUAUGGAUGACUAUAUACACAUUUCAGAUUCCAGCAUAAAUAGUACAUGCAGCAAGUUAAAGACUUGAAGAAAGUGUAAAUGGACAUUUUAUUUCUGAAAUUCCUGUACUUUUCUUCUGUGGUGAAUAACAUUAAUGGAAAUUUGAGUAGUUCAGUUUAAUUAACCAUCCCACCUCUUCCUGAGUCCUGAGUCCCGCAUCCCUGUAGUUUACAUUUAUU